AUGGAAGAAAACAAAAGUUUUAACAAACGGAAAAAAAGUAUAAUGAUAAUAGAUAAAAAAGGGCGCACAAAAGAGUUAAUAAAAAAUGAAGAUAGUGCUUCUACACUAAUUGAUCCAACUGAAAAAGUAAAUAAAGAAAGCGGAAUAAUGUUGCCAAAAGAUCAAGAAAAAAGUGCUUUAAGUGAACAUUCAGUUACUGAAGUAUCAAAGAUAAAUGAAAUUUCUAAAGUAAAAGAAGGAGAAGAAGGAGUUAUAAAUGUUCAUACAGAAGGUAAAUCACCAGAGACAGCCAAUUUACAUGAAAUGUCAAAUAAAGAAAAUGUAGGUGAGAAGAAUAAAGAAGAAAAUGUAGUUGAGAAGAAUGAAGAAGAAAAUGAAAAUGAGAAGAAUGAAGAAGAAAAUGAAAAUAAAGAAGAAAAAAGUGAAGAAAAUGAAAAUAAAGAAGAAAAUAUAGAUGAGAAGAAUAACGAAGAAAACAAGAACGAACCAAAUACCAGUAAAAACAUUUCUUCACCAACAGAGAAGAAAACACUUAGUAUGAGAAAUGCAGAGAUAGCAGCAGGAACAUCUGUCGGUGCUGCUGCAAUUAUGUUGGGUAAAGGUACAGAAGAAAAAAAUGUCGUUAUAGACGAAGACCAGAAUGAAGAACAUACAGUAUCUGCCGAUGCCAACAGAGACAUAUCACUGACCCAAGAUGAGAAAAAUAAUAUAAAAACCAGAAGUCCGUCUUUUACGCCACAAAAAAUACCAACUCACGCUUUAGACCAAGAUAGUGAAAUUUUGAAAGAAAGAGAAGACGAUAAUGUAGAAGCAGAAGGCCACAUGUGGAAAAGGAGAAAAAUAUUUGCAUGUUUUUGGCAUGAAAAAUACUUUUUACUGACUAAAGAAGGUAUAUUAAAAUAUCAUAAAGCUAAUGGGACAAAAAAAAGUAAAGGAAAUUGGGAUCUAAAAAAGAUUAAUAGGGUGCAUGAAGUGUUUAUGGGCGGACAGAAUCAUCCUUUUAGACUUGCACUGAUGGGUGAUGAAGAAAAUUUUCUUUUUGGUUUUGACGAUUCAGAUAGUAGAGAGUACUGGUUUAUUAAACUUAGUAAAUACACUAAUCAGGACAACUAA